AUGGAAAGUUAUCGUGAUAAACCUAUCCUUGCCAAUCGCAUGAUGCGCGUCAUCUGCAUCGGUGCAGGGCCGUCAGGACUAUAUUUAGCAUAUAGGCUUGAGACAUCAUUUACAGGCUAUAUGCUAGAAGUGUAUGAAAAGAAUGAAUAUAUCGGAGGAACAUGGUUCGAGAAUCGAUAUCCCGGAUGCACCUGCGAUGUCCCAUCAAGAAAGUACCCAUGGAACAGGCAUAUUUGCAACCAUCGGGUGGUGGGCGCUAAUUGGGACGAUGUAAGCUCACAGUGGAAGCUCCGAGUCGAAGAUCCCAAGAAGGAAGUGUUUGAGAGAAGGUGUGAUUUCCUAAUAGAUGGCACUGGCUAUUUAAACUCCUGGCGUUGGCUUUCUAUAUCAGGUCUUGGGUCGUUCAAUAGAAGGCUGCUCCAUACCGCGAACUGGGAUGGAUCUUUUGCCGUUAACUGGAAAGCGGGUCGGGUUGAUUGGGAAUGGUUUGCUAGGUCUUCCGGUAUACAAUUGCUUCCUGAGCUUCAAAGGACUGCAGGACAUGGCAUAGCCUUCAUGCGCAGACCAACCUGGGUGAUUCCAGAGAUGAGAUACAAACAACGCAGAUACACAGACGAAGAAAAGCAGACGCUUCGAGACAAUCUCAGGAAACUGCUCUAG